AUGCAGAAAUGCGUUGAACUAUCAAGACUAUCAAAAGCCAAGGCCGGCGCGCCGCGGUCCGUGAACUUCAGGCGCACCACGCCGGGGGCCGUCAACCCGACGCUCUUCCUCGGCUGGACCGACGGCGACUUUGAGCGCGUCGACCCCGCACACCCCUCGGCGCAGUACGCGGCGGCGUACAUGAAGCAGGUCAUGCCGAGCGCGAAGCAGCCCGGCUUCGUGCUCCGCGCGUACCCCAAGGGCGGGAUGUUCAGGCCCGACGUCCUCUGGCCCAGCCCGCCGUUCCGCCUCGCGGCGCCGCGCGAGCGCCAGGUGCACAUGUCGCUCGUCACCGUCACCAGGCGCGACAGCCUCUACAAGCAUAUCGUCUACCGCCGCGCCGUCAAGGCCAGGAUCACGCAGGCGGUGUCUCUCAUCGUCACGCGCGGCGCGGACGUGAAGAGGGACGGGGGCGGCAGGCCGGUGCUGACGUUCACGAACAGGCCCGACAGGAGCCUCGUCUUGGCUGACUGGACGUACGCCAUUGCGCCCCUUCCUAUGGUGUACAGGAUGCCGUGGCCGCAGCUUGUGCGCUCCCUCCGAAUGGCCCUGCACCAUGUCCGCGACCAGGGCAGACGGUUCGAGGUACGG